GAUCCCUCUUACUACGUAUGACUAGUCUCUUCUUGGGAGAAGAGGUGUUUCGGCGAGGUGUUAUAAAUUAUUUGAAAAAAUACAAAUAUGGAAAUGCUGAUAGAGACGAUCUCUACCACGAGUUGACGAAAGAAGCGCGAAAGCAACGGGUUCUCAGCAGCGGUCUCACACUGAAAGAAAUACUCGAUACGUGGACGUUGCAAACUGGUCAUCCUAUGAGACGAUUCCUGUUCUAUAGAAUCGCGCGCACGAGACUCGCUUCAAUUCAGCCGGCGUGCUGGUACAUUCCCAUCACUUUAACCACCCAAAGUGACCAAGAUUUUGCUCGAACAAAGCCCUUGGCGUGGAUGAAGUGCGAUGUCUCCGAGCUCGUGCUGACCAACGCCGCGAAAGAAGACGAGUGGUAUAUAUUGAACAUGCAAGCUGCAGGUAUCUACCGAGUUUUUUAUGACCUGGAAAAUUGGAAAGCGCUAAGUAAAACAUUGAACAGCAGACACUACAAAAAUAUUGCGGUGAUGAAUCGAGUGCAAAUUCUUAACGACAUUAUGCAUUUCACGUGGACUGCCGAUAUUGAUGCAGAUGUUGCUUUCAGGCUAAUUGGUUAUAUUAGAAGAGAAACGGAAUUUCUCCCAUGGAGAGUUGCUUUACAUAAUCUUGAAAGAGUAAAAAAUAUAUUUUCACGCACAAUAUAUUACAACGUGUUUAUGACGUGGGUGCGUCGCCUGCUGAAGCCGGCGUUCGAGCGCGUGGGCAACCCGGAGCCCGACGACCUGCACGGCACGCGCCACCACGGCCAGCUGUUCCAGUGGGCGUGCGAGAUGCAGAUCGACACCUGCAUCUACCAGGCUCGCGUCUUCUACGCGCAGUGGAUGCGCAACCGCAACCCCGCGCGCAACGACGUG